AUGGAUGAAAUCCAACGAGUCGAUUCAAAUUUUUUCGAUAUUGAUGACAUAAUCGCAAAAUCGGAGGCUACUUCGUGUGUCAUGAACCCUGAAAAUAUGUCAGAAGAAUUCUAUUCGGAGAUGCUUGGAAUCUCUCGGCCUAAUCACACUUCUGAAGGAUAUUCGGCUGAUGCUCCAUACUGGCUCAUUGACUCGGUCAAAAAUAUUUGCACUGUUGCCCUUCCUCAAAUGUAUGGAACCACUAUGCAAAGUGUGCUGACUGCCGACGCGAAGAACAUCAACAUGGCACGCACCGAUCAGUAUUUCUAUGCGGUUGGCAUGGAAUUGUGUCAACUUAUAAAAGAGGAGGAUCCUGACGGCGCUUACAAACUCUCGAAAUGUUUGCUCGCCACAUUGACACAACGUCUCGGCGGCAUUAUCGCAAGCACAAUGCACGGCGAGAGAAAAACCGAGAAACUCGCAGCCCUCGAGCUCAAGGUCUUCGAGGAAGGCCGAAAAUAUAAACUAGACGUCGAUAAUUGCCAGUUUGUUGAUCGAAUGGCUCGGAAUGAGACCAGUCAACAACCAGGAAGCUCCGCCGCAAAUGGAGUGUCUUUACAGAACGGCUCUGCUAAAUCCUCAAAACUUACGAUUAAAAUUAUAUCGGCGACUGUCAAUAAGGCUGCCGAUUGUUACGUUGAAGUGAGUUCUGAUUCGCCAACCAUUAGCACAAAGAAGACGUCGGUAAAAAAGAAAACAUCGACACCAGAAUGGGGAGAGCUUCUUAAUAUUGCCGCUACCGAUACUGCCGUUCUGAAUUUUCGCGUUCUGCAGAAAGCCAAGCUAUUUGAAGACUCGUGCUUAGGAAGUGCGAAAUUGAAAUUAGCUUUACUGGAACGAAAUGAAAAUGGAGAAUUGAAAGUUCCUGAAAUGACGAUUUCGCUUAUUUCAAAAGAUGGAGCCAAAGUAGGGUCCUUAAUCAUAGCAAUCGCUGGUUUUAUAGACAAAAAGAGACGAAGUGCAGGUUCAUCGAGAGGUGAUACACCAGAAGCAUCGACUUCUAAUGGUGUUGCGUCUUCUGGAAGAAGAACAACAUCGGCUAAACGAGAUACAUUAGUUCCAGCUCAACCGACUCCCACAGUUGUUGAGGAACAACUUCCGGAUGGUUGGGAAAUGCGAUUCGACCAGUAUGGACGAAAGUAUUACGUCGACCACACUACAAAAAGUACAACUUGGGAGCGGCCAUCCAAUCAACCACUGCCUCCCGGAUGGGAGAUGCGCAGAGAUCCACGAGGACGCGUGUAUUACGUUGACCAUAACACCAGAACUACCACCUGGCAACGACCUACUGUAGACAUGCUUGAAGCACAUGAGCAAUGGCAAUCUGGAAGAGACCAAGCAAUGAUGCAAUGGGAACAACGGUUCUUGCUACAGCAACACAACUUUAGUGCUGAUGAUCCGUUGGGUCCGUUGCCAGAGGGUUGGGAGAAGAGAAAUGAUCCAAACACCGGCCGGACCUAUUUCGUAAAUCAUGUGAAUAGAACAACGCAAUGGGAGGAUCCAAGAACGCAAGGAGGAUCGGACCAGCCGCUUCCAGACGGUUGGGAGAUGAGAUUUACUGAGCAAGGUGUUCCGUUCUUCAUUGACCAUCAAUCCAAGACCACUACUUACAAUGAUCCACGCACUGGAAAACCUGUAGGACCGUUGGGAGUUGCUGGCGUUCAAAUGGCAAUUGAAAAGAGUUUUCGAUGGAAAAUUGCUCAAUUUCGCUAUCUUUGUUUGUCGAAUAGCGUUCCGAAUCACGUGAAAAUCACAGUUUCCCGUACAAACGUUUUCGAAGAUUCGUUCCAAGAAAUCAUGAGGAAGAACGCUGUGGACUUGCGCAGAAGGUUGUAUAUUCAAUUUAGAGGAGAAGAAGGGCUCGAUUAUGGAGGUGUCGCUAGGGAGUGGUUCUUCCUUCUUUCACACGAAGUCUUGAACCCAAUGUACUGCUUGUUUAUGUAUGCGGGUAACAACAAUUAUAGCCUUCAAAUUAAUCCUGCCUCGUUUGUAAAUCCGGAUCAUCUAAAAUAUUUUGAAUAUAUAGGCCGAUUCAUUGCUAUGGCUCUUUUCCAUGGGAAAUUCAUUUAUAGCGGGUUCACUAUGCCAUUCUACAAAAAGAUGCUCAAUAAAAAAAUAGUCCUCAAGGAUAUCGAACAGGUCGAUUCCGAUAUUUACAACUCUCUCAUGUGGAUAAAAGAAAACAAUAUUGAUGAAUGCGACAUGGAGCUCUAUUUCGUUGCUGACUAUGAAUUGCUAGGUGAACUCAAAACGUAUGAGCUCAAAGAAGGCGGGGCCGACCUUCCGGUUACAGAAGCCAAUAAGCUGGAGUACAUCGAAUUAUUGGUUGAAUGGAGGUUCAAUCGUGGUGUUGAACAGCAAACGAAAGCAUUUUUCACUGGCUUCAAUUCUGUCUUUCCGAUCGAGUGGAUGCAAUAUUUCGAUGAACGAGAGCUCGAACUGUUGCUUUGCGGAAUGCAAGACGUCGAUGUUGAUGAUUGGCAGCGAAACACCGUCUACAGACACUACGCGCCACAAAGCAAACAGGUCACAUGGUUUUGGCAAUGGGUUCGAAGUCUUGAUCAGGAGAAACGAGCAAGAUUGUUACAAUUUGUAACCGGUACAUGCCGCGUUCCUGUUGGAGGAUUUUCGGAAUUGAUGGGCUCAACGGGACCUCAGUUGUUCUGUAUCGAACGAGUUGGCAAGGAGAACUGGCUUCCUAGGUCUCACACUUGCUUCAAUCGACUCGACCUUCCGCCAUAUCGAAGCUAUGAACAGUUAGCAGAAAAAUUGAAGAUGGCUAUCGAAAUGACAGAAGGAUUUGGUAAUGAGUAA